AUGCCACCGAAAAAGAGAAGUCACAUCGGCCGCCAUACUGCAGCAGCAGCUGCGAAAAAGGCGAAGCGCAGCGCCAUAAACGCUUCUGCUGUUGCUGCACAAAGGGCUUCAGAGGACCCACAACAAAGGGCCACUCGACUGGCUACAAACGCUGCGGUUGCUUCAUACGAUGCUGCUUCCACGACUUCAGACGGUCCGGAAACAAAGUCGAAGCGCAGCGCCAUAAACGCUUCUGCUGUUGCUGCACAAAGGGCUUCAGAGGACCCACAACAAAGGGCCACUCGACUGGCUACAAACGCUGCGGUUGCUUCAUACGAUGCUGCUUCCACGGCUUCAGACGGUCCGGAAACAAGGUCGAAGCGCAGCGCCAUAAACGCUUCUGCUGUUGCUGCACAAAGGGUUUCAGAGGACCCACAACAAAGGGCCACUCGACUGGCUACAAACGCUGCGGCUACUGCUGCUUCAACAUUUUCGACACAUUCCCACGACUCAGACCAGCAACGUUCUACAUUCCAGCGGAACAGUCGACGCCGCGGUCUGACGAGUCCAAACAGACCUUACUGGCUUCUACGUGCUUUCAAGUAUGAGCCCAACUUCAAUUACUCGAUGCACGCUGACAAAUAUUGGGGAAAGUUCUUCAAUUGCCAAUUCUGCAAUGCUAAAAAGUGGGCUGGGGAACCACCUGCGAUGUGCUGCUUAAACGGUAAGGUCAGCUUGCCCCCUCUUCGGGAGCUGCCAGACCCUUUGAAGGAAUUACUUACUGGUUCCACCUCAAGGUCAUCAAAAUUCCUUCAACUCAUCAGGAAAUACAAUUGUGCAUUUCAGAUGACUUCUUUCGGGGCUAACGUUGUCAGAGAAACUGGUUGGAUGCCUACUUUCAAGGUCCAGGGCCAGGUGUACCACCUUAUUGGGUCACUCCAGCCACUACAAAAUUGCAAACCUUCGUUCCUUCAAAUUUAUUUUAUUACAAAUUAUAAUAGGCAACUUGAUUUGCGUUUCGACGUAAUUCCACAACCUGCAAACACUGACGCUGACAAUUUCGACAGGGACGUGCUGCUCACUCUGCAAAACAUGCUUCAUGACCACAACAGCUAUAUUCGCAGUUUCAAAUACGCCUUGGAAACAGCCCCUUCACCAACAUUCACCAUUGUCAUCGUUGCUGACAAAAGGCCUUCUGGGGAGCACGCGCGGCGAUAUAACGCUCCUUCGUGCAAUGAAGUGGCCAUAGUUCUCCAUGGUGAACAGCACAAGCAGCGGGACAUAGUUCUUCAAAGCCGCGACAGUGGUCUUCAGCGUAUUAAUGAGACGCAUCGGUCAUAUGACGCCCUGCAGUAUCCCUUCUUUUUCCGUAUGGAGAAGACGGGUACCAUUUCGGCAUUCCUCACCACAAACCAAACGAGCCCUCGGCUGCGACAUCUAAAACUGUUUCAUGUAUGGCUUUUUACUCAUACCGCUUCAUGA